AUGACAGACACCCGGUCAGAGGCCGAGUCGGAGGCGUCCGGGCACGAGGCGCUCUCGCUCCCGUCUUUCGAGCAGUGGCAGGCCUCGGCAGGCGAGCACCGGCGGGCGCUCAACCUGCCGACGGGCGAGUACGAGGUGGACGAGCUGCACGCAGCGCUGUAUCCGGAGACAUCGACCCCGUUUGAGCGAGCGCUGGAGCGGUACAACACAAAGCGGCAGGCGUCGAUUGCAGAGGCCAAGCGCCGCGAGGAGGAGGAAGAGCGCCGCAAGGCCGAGGAGGAGGCCGCCAAGGAGCGCCGCCGCGCUGGCCCGCUCGACGGCCUUUUUGUUGUCCAGCCCAUCGCCAUCGACUCGGGCUGCUACAACCUCUCGCGCGCCAAGGAACGCUCGCGCGCAGGCCAGCCCUCGGCCCGCCUAGCCGCCGCUCGCCCGCCCUCGCGCGCCCCGCCCCGCACUGUUGCCUCGCGCUCGGCCUCGCGCUCGGCUGCCCGCACCCCGUCACGCUCGGCUAUCCGCACGCCUUCGCGCACCGCCCUUCGCACUCCAUCGCGCGCCGGCGGCCCCCGCGGCGCAGCUGCCUCUCCCAGUGGAUCGGCGACGGCGGCCUCGUCGCGCGGCAGGCGCCGGCUCUCCUCGCGCAAGGCCGCCCAGGGCCGUGGCCCGUCCGCUGCCUCCGCCUCGCCGCGUAGGGUCAGCGAUACCUCCCGCGCUUUCCGAUAGCCCUGUGCCUGCAAUUGUAAAUUCCCUUUGUCGCCA